GACCGUGCAUCGUAUACGCAUGCGCAGUUUAGAACUUAACGCACUGACUCACGGCUAGUUACGCAGCUACGAAAACAUUACGAGGCCGUAAAGAGCAGGAGCCGAACCACAGGAGUGAAAAAGCAGAAAAACGACCCAGGUGUUAACUCGGUAUCUACACAGCGGGAAGAUGAACGCGUUCGACCGCAACAUCAACUUUGACGCCCUCUUCAAGUUCUCCCAGAUUUCCCGCUCCACUCAGCAGCACCUGAAGAAUGUGUACGCUAGUUUAUCCAUGUGCAUGUUCGUGGCAGCAGCAGGAGCGUACGUCCAUGUCGUCACACGCAUCUUUCAGGGCGGGCUGCUGUCCAUGUUGGGUUCCCUGGCGAUGAUGAUGUGGCUUUCGGUGACACCUCACAGCCCCGAGAUGGAGAAGAAGAGACUCGCUAUUCUCUCUGCAUUCGCCUUCCUCACAGGUGUGGGACUCGGACCUGCCAUGGAUUACGUCAUUAGUGUCAACCCAAGCAUCAUCAUUACAGCGUUCCUCGGCACCUCGGCCAUUUUCAUCUGUUUCACUCUGAGUGCACUUUACGCUCAGCGUAGGAGUUACCUGUUCCUGGGAGGUACCCUGAUGUCUGGCCUGUCCAUCCUGCUGCUGGUUUCAGUCUUCAACAUGUUCAUCGGCUCGGUGGCGCUCUUUAAGGCUCAUAUGUACAUCGCUCUGGCCAUCAUGUGCGGCUUUGUGCUGUUUGACACUCAGCUGAUCAUCGAGAAAGCAGAGAUGGGAGAUAAAGACUACAUCUGGCAUUGUGUGGAUCUGUUCCUGGACUUUGUGACCAUCUUCAGAAAGCUCAUGAUCCUGCUGGCUAUGAAUGAGAAGGAUAAAAAGAAAGAGAAGAAAUGAGCACAUCAUUUGGCCAAAAAUAAGAGUGUGUGAUCUGCAGUUUUUUGCAUCACAGAUUGUCUAACCGAUUAAUUACAGAUUGGAUUGUUCUGAUUUUGUACUCCAGUGUCUUAAUUUAAUUUUAGUUUUUGAAAGUUAUGUUUAGGCCGUGCAGUAACCCUGGGUCAUAUAUAAUACUUAAACAUGCUGGUCCCUAUUAUUAUUAUCAUUAUUAUUAUUAUUAUUAUUAUUAAUAUUAAUAUUAUUGUAAUUAGGAGAUGUUUUGAAGAAAAUGGGUUUUCUUAAAAAAUAUUCUUCGGACACAAUGUGGUACUGGACAUAAAAAUAAAUAUUAUGAAUAGACAAAUUUGUUUUUGUAAAUAUAGUGAAGGGCUUGACUGCAGUUUAGCUCAUAAUUAUAGAUAGAAUUGCACAUCUGUAAUUUCAACUACAGUUUUGUCAGUUUAUCAUAUUUCUCACAUUUUUUUUAUUAACUUAGAAAUUGAGAAAUUUUAUUUGUAUCUUUUCCCUGUCAAUAUGAAGGUACAGUUCUUCUUAUAUUUAAUCUUUAUUCAUUUAAACCACAUUAAUAAUAUUAUUUCAUCUGCUGUACGUGCCAGUAGUAUAAUAUUAAUCACAAGUUUCAUGUUUUGAUUGGGACAUUGCUGAUCAGGUUUAGUUCAGGUGUAGCUACUGAUCGGGGUUUAAGUUAGUGAAUUUCUUUGGGAGUAAUUAAAGAACUGCUCGGUUUGAUUUAGUUUCUCUAACGAUCCUCGUUACUGCCAAUUAUUUUGCCAUAUUUUAGGAAAAACAAUAAACUGUGAUUGAAUGUAA